AUUAAAAUUACAACAUGAGGUGAAUUAUGGCUUGAAAGCAGGAGGUGAAAUUGACACUUUCUAUUCCAGCGACUACAGGUGCCAUAGAUAUGAUAUGUAACAGAAAAAAGGCAAAACAGAAAGACCACUUCCUCUUUUGUCAGUGGACUCCCACUUUGUGCUCCUCCUUCUUUAACAGACUCUAGCACAUUGCAGACAAAUCUCCACCCUUGUAAUAAUAUUGGUCGUGGAGCCUGAAAUCCUUCUGACUCUCACUUCCAGCAUCUUGUUUAUGGACACCACUAAGCAGCCUUUUGGCAAAGAUCAAAACAACAGCUGGUCUUCGGAUUCUCAUUUCUCCCUCAACUGAGAAGAUGCCCGACGCUCUCUGUGUUGUGGGCUCCAUGUUCGGGUCAGAGGAAGAACAGCAAGAAUGUGGCACCUGCUACCUGAUAAACAUGGGCUCUGUGAUUGGCAUCAUUGCCUCUGACAUUCUCUUGACCAUGUUCCUCAUCAUCUCUGUGUUCUUCUUCGCAAGUCAUCACAGGAGAAGAAAGGAGCGGGAGUCUCACGACGGCAGAAGAAAUCUGUCCUUAUCUGCCUCGAAGAAGAUGACCCCAGAAGACACAGAAUCUCCAUACCAGGAAUUACAUGGAGUGCAGUCAGAUAUCUACAACGAACUUCGACACUUUAGGAAAUGACAUGCUGUGGAAAACUGUUCAAAUUCUCAACUUUAUGUCUGUGACUUACUGUAAAAUAUAUAAAAAAAUUAUGCCAAAUAACCCUUUGUAUAAUCUUACCUUGCAAUUCAUAAUUUAGCAUAAAUCUAGUGAUAAAUAGUGUGGAGUAUCUGAAUGUUGUUUCUGUAGUUAAUUUAUGUUGUGCUCAUUGAGAAUGUAGAGUGGAGCAUGGCAUUCAGUACAUGUUGUGUUUGUAAAUUCUUUUGUAUUUACCACUUCACUAAUAAAAUACAA